UUUUCCCAAAACCGGGAUCUCUCCGCGCGGCCCCCGCCUCCAGGCCGGGGAUGUCCCCCGCGGCCCCGCGCCCAUGGUCCUGACGCUGCUCCUCUCCGCCUACAAGCUGUGUCGUUUCUUCGCCAUGUCGGGCCCACGGCCAGGCGCCGAGCGGCUGGCGGUGCCGGGGCCGGAUGGGGGCGGUGGCACGGGCCCAUGGUGGGCUGCGGGCGGCCGCGGGCCCCGCGAAGUAUCGCCGGGGGCAGGCUCCGAGGUGCAGGACGCCCUGGAGCGCGCGCUGCCGGAGCUGCAGCAGGCCUUGUCCGCGCUGAAGCAGGCGGGCGGCGCGCGGGCCGUGGGCGCCGGCCUGGCCGAGGUCUUCCAACUGGUGGAGGAGGCCUGGCUGCUGCCGGCCGUGGGCCGCGAGGUAGCCCAGGGUCUGUGCGACGCCAUCCGCCUGGACGGCGGCCUCGACCUGCUGUUGCGGCUGCUGCAGGCGCCGGAGCUGGAGACGCGUGUGCAGGCCGCGCGCCUGCUGGAGCAGAUCCUGGUGGCUGAGAACCGGGACCGCGUGGCGCGCAUCGGGCUGGGCGUGAUCCUGAACCUGGCGAAGGAGCGCGAACCCGUAGAGCUGGCGCGGAGCGUGGCAGGCAUCUUGGAGCACAUGUUCAAGCACUCAGAGGAGACGUGCCAGAAGCUGGUGGCGGCCGGCGGCCUGGACGCGGUGCUGUAUUGGUGCCGCCGCACAGACCCCGCACUACUGCGCCACUGCGCGCUGGCGCUGGGCAACUGCGCGCUGCAUGGGGGCCAGGCGGUGCAGCGGCGCAUGGUGGAGAAGCGCGCAGCCGAGUGGCUCUUCCCGCUCGCCUUCUCCAAGGAGGACGAGCUGCUUCGGCUGCACGCCUGCCUCGCAGUAGCGGUGUUGGCGACUAACAAGGAGGUGGAGCGCGAGGUGGAACGCUCGGGCACGCUGGCGCUCGUGGAGCCGCUUGUGGCCUCGCUGGACCCUGGCCGCUUCGCCCGCUGUCUGGUGGACGCCAGCGACACAAGCCAGGGCCGCGGGCCCGAUGACCUGCAGCGCCUUGUGCCGUUGCUCGACUCUAACCGCUUGGAGGCGCAGUGCAUCGGGGCUUUCUAUCUCUGCGCGGAGGCUGCCAUCAAGAGCCUGCAAGGCAAGACCAAGGUAUUCAGCGACAUCGGCGCCAUCCAGAGCCUGAAACGCCUGGUUUCCUACUCUACCAAUGGCACUAAGUCGGCGCUGGCAAAGCGCGCGCUGCGCCUGCUGGGCGAGGAGGUGCCACGGCCCAUCCUGCCCUCCGUGCCCAGCUGGAAGGAGGCCGAGGUCCAGACAUGGCUGCAGCAGAUUGGCUUCUCCAAGUACUGCGAGAGCUUCCGGGAGCAGCAGGUGGAUGGCGACCUGCUUCUGCGGCUCACGGAGGAGGAACUCCAGACCGACCUGGGCAUGAAAUCUGGCAUCACCCGCAAGAGGUUCUUUAGGGAGCUCACUGAGCUCAGGACCUUCGCCAACUAUUCUACGUGCGACCGCAGCAACCUGGCUGACUGGCUGGGCAGCCUGGACCCGCGCUUCCGCCAGUACACCUACGGCCUGGUCAGCUGCGGCCUGGACCGCUCCCUGCUGCACCGCGUGUCUGAGCAGCAGCUGCUGGAGGACUGCGGCGUCCGCCUGGGCGUGCACCGCGCCCGCAUCCUCACGGCGGCCAGAGAAAUGCUACACUCCCCGCUGCCCUGUACUGGUGGCAAACCCAGUGGGGACACCCCAGAUGUCUUCAUCAGCUACCGCCGGAACUCAGGUUCCCAGCUGGCCAGCCUCCUGAAGGUGCACCUGCAGCUGCACGGCUUCAGUGUCUUCAUUGAUGUGGAGAAGCUGGAAGCAGGCAAGUUCGAAGACAAACUCAUCCAGAGUGUCAUGGGUGCCCGCAACUUUGUGCUGGUGCUGUCACCUGGAGCACUGGACAAGUGCAUGCAGGACCAUGACUGCAAGGAUUGGGUGCAUAAGGAGAUUGUGACUGCUUUAAGCUGUGGCAAGAACAUUGUGCCCGUCAUUGAUGGCUUCGAGUGGCCUGAGCCCCAGGUCCUGCCUGAGGACAUGCAGGCUGUGCUUACUUUCAACGGCAUUAAGUGGUCCCACGAAUACCAGGAGGCCACCAUUGAGAAGAUCAUCCGCUUCCUACAGGGCCGCUCCUCCCGGGACUCAUCUGCAGGCUCUGACACCAGUUUGGAGGGUGCUGCACCCAUGGGUCCGACCUAACCAGUCGCCAGUUCCCAGCCCUGCUGUGACUUCCACUUCCAUCGUCCUUUCUGAAGGAACAGCUCCUCAAACUGGCCUCCCUGGGCUGAGACAACCUGGGCUCUUCUUAGCAAAUGGCUCUCCCUCUCCCUGUCCCCCACCCUCAUGGCCCACCUCCAGCCCACUUUCCUCAGUAUCUGGAGAGGGAAGGGAAGUCAGACUUGGGCUCGGGAGGUUAGAACUCCCCCAUGCCCUGCCAUUGGGUUGUCUGUCUCUGUCAUGGGGAGGGUCCCUGCUCAGUUCUGGAGACACUGGAGUUGGGGUGGGGGUGGUUCUGCAUUCCCUUCUGCUCUGAUAGCAGCCAGUUUGAGGAUGAAGGAAGGCAGCCUCAGACAGGAAUUAAGGCAAUGCCCAGGCAGGCCUGGGCACUGUAUUCUGAGCAAGGGCCUGGGCCCAAGAGCCAGCCAGGGAUGAGUGCCAUCAUGGCUCUUCACUCAGACUGUGCCUGGCCCCUGCACUUACAACUUCCUGCCGCUCUGUGGCCUUGCCCUGUAAUCACUCAGUGCCCUUAGCCAGCCUGACUAGGUCCCAGAUCCCCUACAGCUUCCUUCAGUGUGGUAUCUUUUGCCACAUCCAGGGCGAGGGUUGAGGUAAAUUGGCCCUCCCUCUGACUUCCUUGUCGCUGCAGCCAGCUUUGCUGCACUUGCUGGUGCACAGGAGCCUCCUGUUUGGGCCUGAGUCUGGGCAUGGGGAAGCCGUGCCUCAAAGCCCACCCUACCCCAUGCCUUGGUGCUGUGCCUCAGGCUCCUUCCUGGUCUGGCCCAGCUGGCUACCCCAGCCCCUCAGCUAUCCAGGGCUACCCACCGCUUGCUCAGGGACCAGGCAGCCCCCAUGGCAGUAAAAGCAGCCUGGACAGAACCUGCAGCUCUGUGGAAAGAGGCAAAGUCCUGAAAAGGCAAAAGGUUGUCACCUAUGGCAGCUUCUCCAACUUUAACAUGCAUCCAAGUCACCUGGGAAUGUUGUUAAAAUCAGGAGAUCUGGGGUGGGGCCUGAGACUCUGC